AUGGCACAUGCGGUGAACCGCAAAAAGGACCAUGUGGACCUAGACAUAUACAAAAGCUCAUACAUGGUUGACUACCAGCCCUUUAAUAAGCACAAAUACUGCAUAGUCACGCCAGAAGAGCAGGCCAAGCUCGAUACUCAGCUCCGGAACAAAGAGUUUUACCGGCCUGUGCCCAACCCCAACCCCAAGCUGAAGGAUGGGUACGCUGCUUUCAAAAGAACCCACAUGACUGCAAGAGACUUAGGAGUCUGUGGCUUCUUCCCACGACAUCCGGUAACUCCUGCGAAGGACCGGUUUCCCGACAUCCGCCGUCAUGCUUACCCAGAUUGCAUGUCUCAGUGCCUGGCCCAGAAUAACCCCUCCUGGCUUCACCAGAGGUCGGACUUCCCGGGCUUCUUGGAGCUGGAUAGGCAGCCUGCUCCAGAAGCAGGCAAAGACUACAUUCUACUCCCUGCCUGUCCCUGUGCCCCUUUUGAGAGAGUCAAGGUCCCCAUCGCGAAUAAGUGGGGCCCAGUGAUGCCAUUUUACCAGUAG